AUGGAGACUCUCGCCUAUGGUGUUUUAUGUGACAAGAAGGUGCCACCGAAACUUAAAGGUAAGUUCUAUAGAAUGGUGGUCAGGCCAACGAUAUUGUAUGGUGCUGAGUAUUGGCCAGUCAAGAUCGCUUAUGUUCAAAAGAUGAAGGUAGAAGAGAUCAGGAUGUUGAGAUGGAUGUGCGGGCACACCAGGUUAGAUAGGAUCAUAAACGAGGUUAUUCACGACAAGAUAUUUAGAGUUGCAAAGCUUGUUCUUAUUGGUCUUAUAAAACUUAUGGAUAGGACAAUACCUCUUCACUUUGAAAUUGUUAGAUCUGCCAUCUUCGCUAGUAAACAGAUUCCAUGGACAGCUACCCUUGCAUCUUACACUCACCCUACCAGGUUCAUCUCAAUGAUAUUUUCAAUUUGA